CCACACCUUGCCGCUCUCUUAUCCCUGUUCCGCCCGGCGCCGAGGAGAGACGGAGAGAAACCCGGGGCCAUUGCCCGUCCCCCGCACACAACAACCGCGACGUUUCCCGACCUUUCACUCCACCACCACCUACAGCGAACCCUUGACCCCCAGCCUUAACCGCUCCUCUAUAACUCGAGCUGACCGACUCGAGCCAAUCAGUAUCUCGCUUAGCUAGCCGGCCAGUGGGGGAAUAACGACGACGGAAAACCAAGAAGCGAAGCUCCCCUGUGCCCGCACGCACACGCGACGCAACUCGACCCGGCCAACCUGCAUCUCCUAGACUGCUGAAUCUUUGCUUUCCCCUUUUAGAUUAGAUUAGAUUAGAUUAGAUUACAGACUGCUGAAUCUGGUCGCUGAUUGCUUCCGGUUGAGGCGUGCAAGCUACUAGUACGUGCCUCGCCUCUCCCCGCCGGUUAUCUAGCCGGCGACCUAGCUGCUUCAUCAUAGGUUUCCUUUGCCGGCCCUGCUUUAGCAUCUAGUUUUGGUCCGACUCCGAGGUGAGGAGGAAGCCUGAAAGGGGAGCGAGCUAGUACUAGUAGGCAGGCAUGGCGACCACCGCUGCCGCUUCCACCAUGUCCCUGCUCCCGCUGUCACAGCUCAAACAGCUGCAGAAGCAACGGCAGCGCCGGAGCCGGCACGCUCCCGCGGGAUCCGUGCUCGUGCUCGGGCGGCGGAGCCGACGCGUCGUGCCGAUCACGGCGCGGCUGUUCGGGCCGGCGAUCUUCGAGGCGUCGAAGCUGAAGGUGCUGUUCCUGGGCGUGGACGACGCGGAGGCGAAGCACCCGGGGAAGCUGCCCCGGACGUACACGCUGACCCACAGCGACGUGACGGCGCGGCUGACGCUGGCGGUGUCGCACACCAUCAACGCCGCCCAGCUGCAGGGCUGGUACAACAGGCUGCAGCGGGACGAGGUGGUGGCCGAGUGGAAGAAGGUCCGCGGAUCCAUGUCGCUCCACGUCCACUGCCACAUCUCCGGCGGCCACUUUCUCCUCGACCUCAUCGCCGGCCUCCGCUACUACAUCUUCCGUAAGGAGCUCCCCGUGGUUCUGAAGGCGUUCGUGCACGGCGACGGCAGCCUGUUCAGCCGGCACCCGGAGCUGGAGGAGGCCACGGUGUGGGUCUACUUCCACUCCAACCUCCCACGCUUCAACCGCGUCGAGUGCUGGGGCCCGCUCCGCGACGCCGCUGCGCCGGCCGACGACGAAGCUGUUGGAGACAUCCCCACCGACAUCGCCGAUGCCGCCGCCGCCGCCACCGCGGACGAGCAGAUGAUGCCGUCGGCAGCGGCGGCAGGCGACUGGCCGCGGCGGUGCGCGGGCCAGUGCGACUGCUGCUUCCCGCCCGACAGCCUCAUCCCCUGGCCGCACGAGCAGGACAUGGCCGACGCCGGCCAGGGGCAGAUGCCGCAGUGACGUGAUCCCAAUUGUUCAGUUCGCCAAGGUAACAGGUACAUAUACGGAUGUGCAACGCAGGGAACAUGCAGUGUGGUGCCCAAGAAACCCCGAUGCAUGCAUGCUCUGCGCUAUUCUUUAAUUGGUAGUGGUUGUUAGGAGCUUAGCUCAGCUCGAUCUAGUGCAAUACGUACCUAGAUUAGCUUGUACAUAGAAUUACUAGACGCCGAUGUUGUUCCCAUGGGGGAUAUUUUAGUAUCGAUGGAAAUGCAUGCAUGUUGCUGCAAGAUGUACCACUACUAGGUAGUAGUAGUAGCAAGAUUGAAGAACAGGCACAUUUCAUUAUCUGAUUAAUUAAUUAAUUUGUAGCAAGAUUGGAGUAGUA